AUGAAUUCUGAAUCCAAACUUCUAAUUCAAGUCAAUAAUCUACUUAUUAAUAAUCAUACUAAAGAUAAACCUUCUGAAUAUGUAAGAAUUAAAUUAGCUGUUGAGAUGUUAAAGGAAAAUAACCAAAAUAAAAGGUCACGAAAGCAAUGUCAAAAUUGUAAAGAAACUUCUGGUCAUAAUUCAUGUAGUUGUCCUUAUCCUUGUG